UUUAUUUUAAUAAUAAAAAAAGGCCAAAGAAAUAUCUGAGCUUGUCCACAAAAGGUAGUAUAAAAUGCGAUAGUUCUACACAAAACGUUUGGGUUUUCCAGUGAGAGAAGCGCGGCUUACGGUUACGCGUGGAUUCAUUGCGUUCUGCGGGCUUACCUGGAACGAUAAUCUCUACUCGAUUGUAUACUGAAAUCUCACUCUACCUAGCCAUGGCUAUGGAGUCAUCUAUUGUGAUCAAGGUCAAGUAUGAAGAGACACUCAGACGGUUCAAUGCUUGUGUCAUUAAUGAGAAACUUGAUCUUGACAUUGGUGGAUUGAGAGACAAGAUUAUUCAACUUUUCAAUUUCGCUCAUGAUGCUGAACUCACACUAACAUAUAUCGAUGAGGAUGGGGAUGUAGUCACACUUGUUGAUGAUGAGGAUCUGCAGGAUGUUAUGAGGCAGGACCUGAAUCCCUUGAGAAUAUCUGCGAGGUUGAAUGCUGGCGAAAGAAGCGGCAGAGCUUCAGCUAGAUCUAGUGGAAAUUCUACCCCUUUACGAUCACCUCGGGUCCAGCCUCCAUUCCUAAACUUGAAUUCCCGUGUUUCUGACAUUCUCAAGUACAUUCCAGAACCUCUGCGUGAAUCUGUGAUGAAGGUCUGUUCUGAUAUGACUGCAUCAGCCUCAUCCUCUGCUCCCAUCCUUGCUGAGCUUGUUGAUGCUAUGUCUGAGAUGGGGCUAUCUUACUACCAAAAUCAGGCUUCAGCGUCUCAGCCUGUCAAAGAAGCUGGCUCCUGUAGUGGCAUAUCUAAAGGAAAUACUAUGAGUGCUGAUGGGGGAAUGCCAAAUGUCAAAAUUGGAGAGUCAUCCCCAAAGAAGAAUGGGCCUCUCACAGCAUUACAUGGUGAGCCAAAACCUAAGGCCUCCAAUGAAGCCGUAGAUGCCUCAGUCAAGCUAGUAUCUAAAUCAGAAACUUUGGAAGGUGAUCGAACCGAAGCUCUGUCAUCAUCAUUCAAAGGUUCUAAAGCUCAGACUUCGCUGGUAAACAGUUUGGAGAAGGAUAAGAAAUUUGAUGUUCGCAGUCUUGACGGAAGGACUAUUGGCUAUACAUAUGUGAGAAACUUACCUAUUCCACCAGAAAAGACUUCUGAUGAGCAGCCCAGCAAGGGACAUCCAGUAGCUAAGCCGGUUGAUUUGGGUGGCUCUGCAAGUUCUAGUAAAGUGAAACAAUGCAACUGGGAUUCCCCUAGUGCAGAUUCCAGUGGCAGUUCAAUCAACAUGCCUUAUGAUGGCUUCACUCCUUCACAUCUAGUUCACCUGAACACUGUAAAUGUUAAUGAUUCCCAUAAUGCAGGUUCCAGUGGCAGUUCAAUGAAGAUGCCGUAUGAUGGCUUCAGACCUGCUGUACGGCAUCUAUCUCCACUGAUUCCUGUGAAUGCGUGUCCGUUUUCUGGGGUGCCAACAGUAAAUAACCCUAUUCCACCUCAGAACUUCUCUUUUGAGGUCCCACUUAAAAGGAGCCAUAAUCACAGUGAUGGGACUGGGACUAUUUUCCAUAAAGGUGUUCGCUGUGAUGGUUGUGGGGUUCAUCCGAUAACUGGACCUAGGUUCAUAUCUAAAGUGAAGGAGAACUAUGAUCUCUGCAGCAUAUGUUUUGCUGAAAUGGGAAAUGAUGCUGAUUACAUCAGAAUGGAUCGUCCUCUAACUUACCCGAAUCCCUGGUCUUUCAAGGGUUUACAUGAUCUGCAUGGGAGGUUGCGUCCCCGUCCCCCAACUGUCCCACAAAUCAUUCGAGGCUUUGGGUUGAAAGCAGGUCGGCCGAAGCUGGACAGCCGCUUCAUACAGGAUGUCAAUGUCCUGGAUGGAACCAUCAUGGCCCCCUUGACUCAAUUUACCAAGAUCUGGAGAAUGAAGAACAAUGGUAAUCUCGUUUGGCCUCAAGGAACUCAACUUGUUUGGAUUGGCGGUGAUAAAUUAAGUGAUAGAUUCUCUGUUGAAUUAGAGAUAUCUACAGCUGGCUUGGCUGUUGACCAGGAGCUUGAUGUGGCGGUUGAUUUUACUGCUCCUGAGCAUCCUGGCAGGUACAUAUCCUACUGGAGGUUGGCUUCGGCUUCAGGACAGAAAUUUGGCCAGCGUGUAUGGGUGCUUAUCCAGGUCGAUGCUUUAUUAUGCCUGCCAAAAAAGGGGUUGGUCCAUGAAGCUUUUCAGGGGUUAAACUUGAAUUUACCUCCUGCCGGCAGUGGUGUGUCUGGACCUGAUAUUAUAAAUGUGAAUUCAGAACCUCAGAAUGUCCUUCCUGAGCCUAAGAGCUCCAGCACAAUGGAGUUGGUUGAUUCAGUGGCUGAAGUAAACCAAAACAAGGAGCAGGAGGCAAAGUUUCCAAUUAAUGAUAGCUUGUUAGUUGGUUUUGGUGACAAGUCAAGUUCUCCAUCUGCUUCUGGUUCACCAAUUUCAUAUCCAGUUAUUGAUUUAACUGAGAAACCAUCAGCGGACUCUUCCAUGCAACCAUCAGCUGCUGUAGCUAUGCAGACACCGCUCCAGGAUGCUAGAGGAAAUUUCGAAGUUGAGAUGUCUCUCCUCCAGGAGUUGGAGGAAAUGGGUUUCAAGCAGGUUGAUCUGAACAAAGAGAUCUUGAGGAAGAAUGAGUAUGAUUUGGAACAGUCAGUUGAUGAUCUCUGUGGUGUUGCUGAGUGGGAUCCUAUCCUUGAAGAGCUGAAGGAGAUGGGUUUUUGUGACAAGGAAAUGAACAAGAAGCUGCUGAAGAAGAACAACGGAAGCAUCAAGCGUGUUGUGAUGGAUCUUAUUGCUGGAGAGCAGUAGAAGAUAUUUAUAUAUAUAUGUAUGUCCUAUCGUGUGAUGGAUAGUUUGGUAUGAAUAAAUGGUAGGAUGCUACUGUGUGUCUACUAUGUUUUGGCUACUGUUCGUCGACUAUGAUGCGACAAACUCCUUUAAGUUAUGUCAUUACUUGAACUAGCUAUGUAAUAUAAUACUAUGGUAGUAGUCGUAUCUGGAAACAUGUGGUACGUAGUUUUUUAAUGAAUAUGAAUGUUUUUCUUCCUAA